UUACAGCAGGGCUUGAAAUUUCCACUUGCCCGCUCGCCAAUGGCGAGCCGGAUCUGUCAUUGGCACUAGGAGCCCUCAGACUGCUCAAGGGGUGAGCGCAGUGAAAGCAAAGGAAGGAGUGUGUGAUGUGCUCUCUGCCUCCCCCUAGAGUGCAGUACCUGGGUCUGUGAGUGAACAAACGAAGUACUGCAACUUUUUUAUGGGGGUUUGUGUGUGUGUCUGUGUAUGCAUGUACAUGUGUCUGCGUGUAUGUACAUGUAUGUGUGUGUGUACGUGUCUGUGUGUGUUUGUGUGUUGUAUGUACGUACAUGUGUAUGUAUGUAUGUUAUGUACAUGUGUCUGGGUGUGUGUAUUUCUGUGUACGUACAUGUAUCUGUGUGUAUGCGUGUCUGUAUGUGCCUGUGUGUGUAUACAUGUGUCUGUAUGU